AUAGCGCCUCGUGUCUGCGGCACACGAGCAAUGACAUACGGUCGAUCGAAUGAAAUCGACGGUACAACAGCUGCGUGAGUAAGAGGCUCACCUAGAAAUAUGUAAAUAGUGUCAGGUGAUCUCGGAACGAUUCGUGCCAUUUUGGCUGCGCAUUAUCACGAUCGGAAUUUUUUAUGUUUAUCUUCGUUUCUCCCUUCGUUUGCCGUCCGAUCGCGACGUGCCGUUUGUGAGCGAGCAUAUUUUAGUGACUCGGACUGUACGGGAAUAAAUUCAAGAUGUCUGAGAAACUUCCAAGUAAUCAACCGCAGCCUAUUGUCAAGAUAGGCCAUUAUACUUUAGGCCAGACAUUAGGAGUGGGCACAUUUGGCAAAGUAAAAAUUGGGGAACAUGUACUGACAAAACACAAAGUUGCUGUGAAGAUCUUGAAUCGCCAAAAAAUCAAAAGUCUAGAUGUUGUAGGCAAGAUCCGUAGAGAGAUACAAAACCUUAAGCUUUUCAGGCAUCCGCAUAUCAUCAAGUUAUACCAGGUCAUAAGUACUCCCACGGAUAUAUUCAUGAUAAUGGAAUAUGUUUCUGGCGGGGAAUUAUUUGAUUAUAUCGUUAAACACGGAAAGCUCAAGGAGUACGAGGCGCGACGAUUUUUUCAGCAGAUCAUAUCAGGCGUUGAUUAUUGUCAUCGGCACAUGAUAGUUCAUCGAGAUUUAAAGCCGGAGAAUCUUCUAUUGGAUCACAAUCUACACGUGAAGAUCGCGGAUUUUGGUCUGUCAAAUAUGAUGAUGGACGGUGAGUUUUUGCGCACCUCGUGCGGCUCUCCGAAUUACGCCGCGCCCGAAGUAAUAUCCGGCAAGCUGUACGCCGGUCCCGAGGUAGACAUUUGGUCAUGUGGUGUUAUUCUGUAUGCGCUACUCUGCGGUACCUUGCCAUUUGAUGACGAACAUGUUCCUACCCUCUUCCGUAAGAUUAAAUCUGGCAUCUUUCCUAUCCCAGAAUAUCUGAACAAGAGUGUCAUCAGUCUCUUGUGUCAUAUGUUGCAAGUCGACCCCAUGAGGAGAGCGACUAUCGAGGAUAUUAAAAAACACGAGUGGUUCCAGAAAGAUUUACCGUCAUACUUGUUCCCGUCGCCAGUCGAACAAGAUUCGUCCGUUAUCGAUAUAGACGCCGUGAACGAGGUAUGCGAGAAGUUCAAUGUCAAAGAGCCGGAAGUACAUUCCGCGCUAUUGGGCGGCGAUCCGCACGAUCAGUUGGCGAUCGCGUAUCACUUGAUCAUAGACAAUAAGAGAAUCGCCGACGAGGCUGCCAAGGCGGAGCUGAAGGACUUCUACGUGGCGUCCAGUCCUCCACCGGUGGCAUUCAGCCCGAACGACUCCAACAGCAGUCCAUUGCGACCUCACCCUGAAAGAAUCGCACCAUAUCGUGAACGUCAAGGUUCGCAGAGCAGCACGACGCAAGCACAGACGCAGGGCAAUCGCGGCACACCUGUGAAAAGGGCGAAGUGGCAUUUAGGAAUCAGAUCGCAGUCGAAGCCGAAUGACAUUAUGAACGAAGUCUAUCGCGCUAUGAAGGCACUCAACUUUGAAUGGAAAAUUAUAAACGCGUACAGCGUCCGAGUGCGCCACAAAAACAAAUUGACCGAUAGGUACAGCAAAAUGUCCCUGCAACUGUAUCAAGUCGACUACAAGAGCUACCUGUUGGAUUUCAAGUCGUUAUCGAGUGAGGAGACGGAGGACAUUGGACGCGAUCCGACGUUACCGCCUCCGCAAGCGACGGGUCACCACACGAUGGAAUUCUUCGAGAUGUGUGCAGCAUUAAUCACGCAAUUAGCACGAUAGCGCGCCUACCCUCUUAUCGUUGAGAAACUUGGUACAACCUGUUCUUUUAAAGUUGUAUAGUACGAAAUAAACGCAGAGCAUUGUAAAACACAUCGUGAGCCUUACCUCUCUAAGCUCUAAUAAAAGCUAUAUAUUUUUCGA